ACAAGUUUCUCUCGAACCGGCAAAGCGAACGCCUCGUGGUCGGACACGUUUCGAAGUCGUGCUCGUCGCAACCAAGAGCGUGGGUUACGUACCGUCUUCAUAUGCCGUGUGUGCGUGCUUGUUCGUUGUGUUGUAGCUCCCGGGGGUUUGUUUAUGUAGCGCGGCGUUGGCAAGGAGCGUUUGGUCGUAUAGUGUUUUUUCCUGAGUGAAAAGUGCAUCUGUGUGCUAAUGCUUCGCAUUGUGUCACGUAACAAUCUGUACGAAAAAAGGCAAAUUUAUGAUUAGGUUUAUCGGUAUUUUUGCGAAGCAAGAAGAAAAAGAAGAUAAAUUGUGGCUCCGUGUGUACAGUAUGAACCGUUAACAAGGUAUUUGCGAAAAAGUGGUCCAGCUUUGAGAAAGCGACCCUAUGAUUUCAAGUGCAACGAAAGAGUUUUUUGAAGUGAAGCAAAAGUGUGUGUCGUUCGCAAAGACGCAGUGGGAUGUUGUACCUGUGUAUUGAGUGACAGAUUGUAGCUUAACGCUCUUUCGUCGACUUCCUUGCUGACCGCUGAUCUCGCCGUCACGUUAAGUUGUUGAGGUUACUAUUUUUGUUGUGAUUGUGACGAUAAUUAUUUUGCACGGCCUUGUGAUGCUUGAAGAAGCCGAUUUACGCUCGGGAAAAAUGUUGUGUCGGACGGGCAGUCCUCCGCCGCCGAGCAGCAGUCCGGCUGGGUCGGAAAUUUCUGUUGGUUCUCCAAGUCCACCACCCAUCGGGAGCGAAUCGCAUCCUGCCCACCUGCCCCAUCCGCAUCCGCUGGCCGUCACACAUCUGGUCCACCAUCAUCCACUCGUUCACCCGCACCAUCCACACCACCCGGCCCUGCAUGCCCAUGCCGCCGUCAGUGCGCUACAAGCUCGUGCAGAAGAUUAUUUUACACCUCUGAAGCGAUUGCGUAUGGUGGAGGGUGGCAGUGGAGUUGAGCUGGGAAGUCCUCCCGGUGGCAGCCCGAAGGAAUCCACUAGCCGAGGCUCAAGUCCUACGACGCCUAUUAAUAGUGCGAACAGUACAAACACCAUCAGCACUCCUAAUAACAGCGCCACAUCCACCACCACUACCACCAGCACAACCAAAUCGUCCACCGGAUCUACCGCUGCCGAAGGAGUCAAAUCGUUUUCUAUCGCCGACAUCCUAGGUCGCGAUGCGGAGGCCAGCAAUCGUGAGGCGCGAGAACCGAGUCCUCCACCGAUUAAUCCCGCCUUGCAUCAUUCAUCCCACCACCACCACCACCUGCAUCUGUCGGCGCAUCAUCCCAGUGCUCAUCUGGCAGCAGCCCAUCAUCAUCAUCACCAUCAUAGUAGCAGUACGUUGCAGCAAGCGGCCUCCAAAAUCGUGCGACCCUGGGACCAUCUACGGGGUCCAAUUCCGGUUAGGCCUUUCUUACCACCGGCCUUGCUACACUAUGAGCAUCGGCUAGCGCUGGACUAUCAUCAGCAGCUGCAGGAACAUUUCCGGGCCCAGGCCCAGCUACUGCGGCACAUGAGCAUGGACAUUAUCCCGUCGGAGAGUGGGUCGGAGCGAUCCAGUUCGGCGGCGAGCGAUUGCUGUUCACCGGAAAUUGGACGCGGAUCCGACCACCAGAGUCAUCAAUCGUCACAGUCGUCGUCGUCCGGAGUGGGUGGUGGAUCGGCGGGUGCCGGUGAUGGUGGUGGGAGAAGUGGUAUCAAUGGUGGUGCUAGCGGGGCAAACAAGUCCAGUGGCAAGACGGCACCGAAUGGUACACCGCUCGAUGCGCUGUUCCAGAUGACCAACAAGAAUUUUGAUGAAUCGAAUGAAGAUAGUGAGCAAUCGCAUUUAAACCUGUUCGCCAACCGACCACAGCCAAAGAAGAAAAGGAAAUCACGGACUGCGUUCACCAACCAUCAAAUCUUCGAGCUAGAGAAACGGUUCCUGUACCAGAAGUACCUGUCACCAUCGGAUCGGGACGAGAUAGCGGCCGCCCUGGGUCUUUCAAAUGCUCAGGUUAUCACCUGGUUCCAGAACCGACGGGCCAAGCUGAAGCGCGACAUGGAGGAGCUUAAGAAGGACGUAGAGACGGUGAAGGUCCUUUCCGCACACAAAACGUUCCUGGAGAAUGUUAAUGAUAUGAACAUUCUCAAGAAAAAAAUCAUGCACGACGAUGGUGGCAGCCCUCAGAACGCAUCCUUCCUACAACAUCCCUUCCGUCUGCAAUGAGAGGCAUGAGUGUGUAUAUGUGUGCGUGUGCGUGAAAAGAUUCUACAAGUUUUACAAUUCUUGUGCAAAUGGUCGAUCGAAUGCGCGACCGACUGACUGGGGCAAUAUUCGGUUUUAAACUAUGUUUAAGCUACUCGCCACGGCCUGUACAGCUUCAUGUUUAUGUGCGCCAAAUGAAAGUGUACCGGAAGAACGAAAAUGAAACGUAACAUGUCUGCCACCGUGUGGUGGUCGCCGUUUGUGUUCACCUUCGAAACAUAAAAAGGGGAGGAUGGGUGUUAGUGGACGUAGGAUUGAUUCCUUGCCUAUUAUCUUCUAAUUCGUUUGUACAUAUAGUGAAUAGUCAACAUGUGAUGUGAUGUAUUUUUCGUUUGUUUGUUUGACAGAAGCAAGAUGCAAGACUGCGAUCAGUUUAUCAGAUAUAUGUAAAUGUGUAACACCUAGUACAGUGUAAUAAGUUAGCUAGAAUAACGCGACCGUACCGUGAGCACCCAUUCAAAGAUGAUGAAAAGUAUUAUUAACGAUCGUAAAAGUACCACACAGUACCACAUUCAAAGCGCAGAAACUGGUGAGGUUUUUGUGUGAUAACUUCUCGAGUACAGAUCAAACAGUGACCAACUCCGGGGAGGUCUCAACGCUUUAGUUUACCUUGCACUUUCAUGAGGUGCUGUGUACAAAUAUUUCAUAUUGAAGAACGAAAACUUAUGGCAAAAUGUGAAUGUAUGUAUGAGAGCAGCUGUGCCCCAACUAAGCAGCAAAUAGGCUAAUCAAGGCUACUCGUGUUGGGUAUAUUAAUUUAAACGCACUAGCAAAAUAUCUAGCAAAAACUCCACAAAAGUACUAACUACAGGAGCAAAACUACUCGCAUAACGCCUCCAGCUUUCUCAAGGCCCAGUGUAUUUCGUGUAAAUCUUAGACCUAACAAGCAGGCGCAAUAGGACGGUUGAAGCAAACGCUCUGCUGCUCACGAUUGUUGCCGAUUGUGGCAAACUGUGACAAACGUAUCUUCAUAACUAUGUGCAAAAUCACACAACACAACACAUACACGCUGGAUUGGAAAAGAAAACAUAAGAAAUACAUGAAAAUGAUCGUCAGAGCUGGCAUGGCUCUAAAAUUGAAA